UGUGAGUACAAGAAAAUGGCAGAAGCCAGUAUCUCAGUAGAUCAGAAACAGUUCAGCUGUCCAGUGUGUCUGGACCUUCUCAAGGAUCCCGUGACUCUCCAUUGUGGCCACAAUUACUGUAAGGUGUGUAUUAAUGGUUUCUGGGAUGAAGAAGAUGUGAAGGCUGUCUACAGCUGUCCUCAGUGUAGAGAGACUUUCACUCCAAGGCCUGUUCUACGCAGGAACAACAUGCUGGCUGAGAUGAUGGAGAAACAAAAUAACACUGAACUCCAAGCUGCUUCUCCUGCUCACUGUUUCGCUGGACCUGGAGAUGUGGAGUGUGAUUCCUGCAUUGGAAGAAAACUCAAAGCUGUCAAGUCCUGUCUGGUCUGUCUGGCCUCCUAUUGUGAAGAUCAUCUUCAACCUCACUAUCAGUCUCCUGCCUUUAAGAAGCACAAGUUAGUGGAAGCCUGUGCAGACCUUCAAGAGAAGAUCUGCUCUCAGCAUGACAAACCGAUCGAGAUCUACUGUCGUGCUGACCAAAGCUUCAUCUGUUACUUGUGUAUGAUGGAUGAACAUGAUGGUCAUGAUACAGUUUCACCUGAGGCUGAAAGAACUAAAAAACAGAAUGAGCUAAAGGAGGAGCAAAGGAAAUUUAAGCAGAGGAUCCAAGAGAAGCAGGAGGAGGUACAGGAGCUGAAACGGGCUGUAGAUACUAUUAAGGUGCGUUCACAGGUGGCAGUAGAGGAAAGUGAGACAAUCUUUACCGAACUGAUCAGCCUUAUGGAGAAAAAGCGCUCGGAGGUGACGGAGCUGAUCAGAGCUCAGGAGAAAGCUGAACUGAGUCGAGCUGAACGACUCCUGAAGCAACUGGAGCAGGAGAUUGCUGAUCUUAAGAGGAGAGUCACUGAGCUGGAGCAGCUUUCACACACACACGAUCACAUCCACUUCCUCCAGAGUUUCCCGUCUCUCUGUGUUUCUCCUGGAUGUGAGGACUCACUGUACACUGUUAAUCUACAUCACACAUUUGAUGGAAUGAGGGAAUCUCUCUCAAAGAUGAAAACACAAGUUGAGCAAAUCAGUCCUCAAGCUGUAGCGUUAUUUCAGAUACAACCUUCACAGCUGACAAGCAGACAGAAUUUUUUGCAAUAUUUUAGAUCACUGACUCUGGAUCACAACACAGCACAUCCUACCCUUAUUCUGUCUGAGGAGAACAGAUCAGUAACAUAUGGUGAGACACAGCAGUACUCUGAUCAUCCAGAGAGAUUCGACUACUGGGAUCAGGUGUUGUCUAAGGAGAGUGUGUGUGGACACUGUUACUGGGAGGUGGAGUGGAGCGGUGAUGUGUCCAUAUCACUCUCAUAUAAAGAGAUCAGCAGGAAAGGAAAGGGUAAUGACUGUAGGUUUGGAUUCAACAGUCAGUCCUGGAGUCUGGUGUGUUAUCCUGCCUCUGUCUCUUUUUGGCACAAUGAUGUUUACACACAGAUCAAAGGUCAAGCCUCCUCCAGAAUAGGAGUGUAUGUGGAUCAUAGUGCAGGAACUCUGUCCUUCUACAGCAUCUCUGACACGAUGAGUCUCCUCCACACAGUCCAAACCACAUUCACUCAGCCUCUGUACGCUGGGUUCAAGGUAUUCAGAAAUAACUCAACUGUGAGGUUAUGUGACUCAUAUUAAAUGAUAGUAUAAGGCAGUGCCAGUGCCCGCCUUACAGCAAGGGUCUCGCACAGCAUUAAAAGUAUUUCCUUUUUAACACAAUCGAACAUAAAUACAUAAACAUAUAAUUAUGCUUGCAACAUAUGGACCCGUUUAACAUGAUACAAUUCACUAAGACGGUGGGGAAAAAAAUUCUUACCCUGCAUAUUA